GAAAGAGCCCCCAGCGGCCUGCAGAACUGAGGUCACCGCGUCGGAACGCGUGUUCGGGUCCUCUCCUCCCACCUGUUCGACUCCUCGGGAUGUCAUCCUCUGUGCCUCAAGGUCAUACUUGGGUCCAACAAGUGAAGAAGGAGGAUGAGGAGGAGGACCCCCUGGAUCAGCUAAUCUCCCGCUCUGGCUGUGCCGCCUCCCAUCUGGCAGUGCAGGAGUGCAUGGCCCAGCACCAGGACUGGUGGCAGUGCCAGUCACAGGUGCAGGCCUUCCAGGAUUGCAUGAGUGAGCAGCAGGCAAGGCGGCAUGAGGAGCUGCAGAGAAGGAAAGAGCAGGCCAGUGCUCGCCACUGAGACACCAAACCACCUGUCCCCAGAGAUCACGAGAGGAAGAGAUCCACCUGUCCCCAGAGAUCACGAGAGGAAGAGAUCCUGAAUGCUGGAAGUGUGGGCCAGGAGGUGUGAAACUUGGGGAUAGUCUUUGGGACUGGGGUUGACAGCACGACACCAUGGAUUUGGACAUGACUGCCAUAAGGAGCUGUCGUAUUUUAAUGGUCAGAUCCUGCACAUCCUUGCCCUUGUCCCACCAGCAUAUGCUUAUGUAGAACAAAGAGUGGGAUAAGGUAAUGCUCCCCC